AUGAGAAAAGAAGGCGUGGUCGGCUGGCCGCGGCGGAUUGGCCGCUGCCAGGGGUCGACGGCGUAUGACCGUGGUCCGCAAGAUCGACGAGGGCGGAGCCUGAGGUGGCGAGAGUCAGCACUGGAAGAAGCAGCCACCAUCCUCUUAUCUCAUUCGAGUCAUUCUUGAAGCUACAGUAGGCCAGAAGCUCUUCUCCUUGUUCAGCUACAAGUCCCAGGAAUGCACAGCGACGAGGACGAACCUCUCAACUUUUCUGCUGCUCGACUCUCUAAAAAUGGUUUAUUUUUGAGUUUCUUAUUUCAGUUCAGAGUUUGUAGAAAAUUUUCUUCUUCCUGAGUGAAAUCUCUGCAGACAAAAAUCAUCUGAAAAAGGCUUUUUGAAUAACCUAAGAAAGAAAUAACAAAAAUCGAAACAAUUUUACUGUUUUACUCAUACUUCCAAAUAAAAUUGAAAAAAAGUAUUGAUUGUUUCUUUAAAAAAAUUUUUCCUUUGACGAGACUUCAUCUUGAAGUUUCACUUGCUGUUCUGCCGUUUUGACGGUUGGCAAAAUUAAAAAGCGCAUGCUCAUGACAGGCUGAUGAGUAGCGCUGGUUUUUUGCUUCAACGCCAAAAUCAGAAGAACAUCUCGACAUGGAGAAUUAUAACGCGUGAAUGUCAGAUGACGGGAAGCCGGAGGAAGGACUUUCCAGCCUGCGGUCGAUUUUCCAAACACCAAUGCUUUUCCCGUCGCCAUUGAUGAACCCAGGUACGAAAACUGAUCUUGACAGAACUUUAAAGAGAGAAGUCCGUUUUUUCCAAGUCUUGGUUAGAUAGGAGAAAGAUUUACUAACAAGCUGAGCUGUUACUUAUUAGGCAUGAUGACGCCUCAGCUGGCUGCCGCCCUUGCGAUGUCGAUCAAUCAUCAAAGAAUGAACGCGAGGUACUCUUUUUGUUGAAAACGAUUGAAUUUUGAAUAUUUGAGUCAUUCUCCUCCUUUUGACCACACGACAGUGAGCGUGAACAGCUUCCCAACCGUUUCUGGAGCCGAAAGCCCUCCAAAUGCUUCUUCGCCGACUCUCAGCUGCGCAGUUUGCGGUGACGUCAGCAGCGGAAAACACUACGGUGAGGGAAAAUUUGCAUGCAAAGCUAAGAAAAUUUGUCGUUUCCAGGAAUUCUGGCUUGCAACGGCUGUUCCGGAUUCUUCAAGCGGUCGGUCCGAAGGCGACUGAUCUACCGGUUAAUUUCCUUCCGUUCCAACUUUUGAAUUGAAAUUUCCAGAUGCCAGGCGGGAACUGGAAACUGCAUUGUAGAUAAAGCUCACAGGAACCAGUGCCAGGCGUGCCGUUUGAAGAAAUGUCUCAGCAAGGGGAUGAACAAAGACGGUAAGUUCUUAACCGUUUUUAUGGGAAAACAGCCAUUUUCGUGAAGAAAAGUCACUUUGCUUGCUUGUUGUUGCUUUAUCCUAGUUGUAGAAAUACACUUUUUAAGCAGUGCAAAAUGAACGACAGCCAAGGAACACGGCGACCAUCAGACCAACCGUCGACAUGGAUCCUCAGCACUUCUUCAGGUAAUAGUCUUCAAAAUUUGGUUAGCCAUGAGAGGAAAGUUCAGAGAGUAUGCCGGGGCGGUUUCUGCAAUGAUGACCAGUAACAAACUUAUAAAACGGGAAGAUUCGCCAUCAAGCGCGGCAAGUGAUGGCAAAACCGAAGAUGAAAAAGUUUUAUUUUCAUUCAAUUUUUUUCAUUGCAAGAGUUUUCAGGAAACUACGACAGUUCAUUCAGCUUACAAAAUUUUUGAAAUGACUUUGAGUUGGGCAAAAGCUCAUCCAGCUUUCCAAUCACUCACGGACAAUGAUAAGGUUUGCCUUAUUGAGAAUAAUCAAAAAAUUUAGUGGAAAAAGAAAACGCCGAGAAUGUGUUUUUGAGAAAAAGCGUUGAAAAAGUCAGGUACAGCUGCGAAGAAAAAAACUCGAAAAGCUUGGGAAAACCGCUCACAACUUUCUUGUAAGGAAUUGAAUCUUUCUGACUUUCUGGAGUUGUGACGACUGCUAUUUUUUACACUCUGAUAAAAUUUCAGUUCACAGAAAAAAAGAAGCCUCAGAAACUAUCAGGAAGAUUGAACUCCUUACAAAAAAGCUGUGACCAAAGUCGCGUUUCGAACUAUUUCUGACGGUUGCUGUAUAUCAAGUGGUUAAAGAAAAAGGAAAAGCUUCAAAAUUGAUCGAAAUAAAAUUUGUUUAUGAACUGGAAGCAGAAACGUAUUUUUCGAAUGAAGAAAGUCCUCACAGUUGAAAAACUUUUUUUUCAAAGAACCAAUCGGAACUUUCUUCCACUUUUCCCAUGUCAAAAAUUAAUAUCAACUCAUUCACUUCAAGCAGAUCAUUUUACAGAAAAAACGAUUAGUAAGUCGUUGGCCGUUACUUUUCGCCAUCGGUCUCUGCGAGUUUGCCUCCAGCGAACUUCCCACCGACUACACUUUGAGCCUACUCAUUGGCCGUUGCAAAAGCCUUGGAGUCACUCGCACCGAGUUUUCCUAUCUGAAAGCUGCCGCCAUCUUCCUGGAAGGUAAUCCAAUGAGUUUUGGCUUGUCGCAAUGUGGGAUGUGGUCCCAGGGGUUAAUCUACAGUAGGCUUCCUCUCCAAAUAGACUCCGCAGGACGCUGA